AUGGACAUCCCACAGGAAAGAGUCAAUAAAAUCCAACACUUUGCAGAAAAGCGCCAACAAGCAGAAGAGCGUCAAGCCCAACAGCCACUGAGCGCAGCCAACAUCAAACUAUACAACGCGCGCUUAGAUGAAACUCUGAAGGAGCUCCAAGAACGAGUCAAGCGCCAAGAAGACGAGUUGCGCAAGCUACGCGAAAUCAACUCAAUCGACCUUUCAAAUAUCGGUAACAGCACCUGGGCUCGUGUUAGUCAGGUGCGCAGGGCCAAAAAAGCCUAUGACUCUCUGCUCAAAUCUGACACGGAGUUCCCGCCAGUGGGCUCCCCGUUGCCGUCUUUGCUUGCCGUCGAGGAGACAGCCCGUCUGGUCAGGGAGACGAAGGUCGCCGCCUCGAUAACGGGCAAGAAUCUUUCCAGCACGCGCCAGCGAGUGAAAGAAGAGGAAACGAGCUUGCGUGAUGCGCAAGCGAUCAGAGACGGCCUACAGCGACGCAUUCAGACUGUAGCAAGUCAAAACGCGACAAGGGAGAAGAAGGCAAACUCCCAAUUAGCACGGGAGCUUGUUGAACAGAGGCGGCACAAGAAUAGCGAGUACGACAAAGCGACAGAGGAGACAAAGACCAAAUUGUACGAUUUCGUUGAUCGGUCGCUGGCAUCAAUGCUUGCAGCAGAAUCCCUUGGCGGGCCAACUGUGGGCGACGUGCCAAACGUUUCCGAUGCUACCUUAGAAUUAGGCUAUACUAGUCACGGCAAGCCUAAAAAGCCAAGAGUACAGACGGAAACAAAUGACUCAGAUUCCAACCAACGACGGAUCGAUGAGAUUCUGCCUCGACAAAAUGAGCAAGGAAGGCCUGCCAACCGCAGAGAGGCGGCGGCUCUCGAGAUGCGCAACCUCCUUGAUGCUUUGCUGGAAGCAAGUCCUUCAUACGUGGAAGUCCGAGAAUCCGCAGCCUCCAGAUUUCUAGUACGGGCCAAGGUGGCACAGUUCCACCCACGCGAUGCCAGAAGAUUGAGAUUGAUUGACUUUGGUCGCACAUUAUGA